AUGACGGAAUUGACCACUGACCCUGGUUUUGACAACGAUGACGAUGACGAUUUUUUUGGGAAUCAGAGUGAUGAUGGGGACGAGUACGGAAACCUUGGAAAACACGAAUUGAUAUCCCAACAGGAUGAGAUUGAAAAGGUAGCAUUUCUUCAAGCAUAUGAUGACCAUGCCGAGUCCCGCCUGCAAGAAGGGUUUGAAGCUGGGUAUCAAGAGAGUUUUGCUACAGCCUACCGCAUCGGGAAAAUGAUGGGGAAACAUAUGACUAUGGAGCGAUUCAAGUUGAUGAAAGAAUCUCAAUUUAAAAAUUCCCCAGUAGUUCCUGUCACUGAUGCUAGCUGUAUGGUGUAUCAAUUCUCCAAGGAAUUCCAAGAACGAGCAAAUGACAAACAAAUUGGCAAUGCCAUGGCAGAAUCGGAGAAGUUUGAAAAGGGUUUGGAAGAAACGAUACUAAAAUCCUGA